GCGCACCUUUUUCCACUACGAGGCGACGCGCAGUGGAAGGUUUGCGAGGAGAGUUUGCGCGGAACGUUCGCACCACGUAGAGUCAAAGCUGAUCAUACUGGUACAUGCGCAAUAGUGUAUUGAUCCUGCGAAUUUGAGAUGCACGUACCAGCAUCCAGUGCUCCAGUGGCUGUACACAAUGCCAUUUCUGCUCGACGUUCUCCUGGCAUUUCGCGAGAGAGCCGAUCCGCGCAAGUAAUGAGAACCGAACCGGGACCUGUCCACAUCGCCGGUUUAUAAGCGCACGUCAGAUCGAACGUAUCACGACGGAUUAUGAUAUGCAAGAAAGGAACAGGAUAAAGGCUUAGGAAACGUGUAACGAGGAAUCUAAAGACGCCAAAGUGAUGCUUUCGCGAUGAUUCCUAUUUAAUCGUACGUUGACGAAACAAGAUGAUAUCUUCUUUAAUCAUCCUGAUCCUUUCGGUGGGGAUUUGCUACAGCAAUCCAGACGCUAAGAGACUUUACGAUGAUCUACUCUCAAAUUAUAAUCGGCUGAUUCGGCCUGUAUCCAACAAUACUGACACUGUUGUUGUAAAACUAGGACUCCGUCUCUCACAACUGAUAGAUCUUAAUUUGAAAGAUCAAAUCUUAACGACGAACGUCUGGUUAGAACAUGAAUGGGAAGACCAUAAGUUCAAGUGGGAUCCCUUGGAAUACGGCGGCGUCACUGAACUCUACGUGCCCAGCGAGCAUAUAUGGCUGCCCGACAUUGUACUUUAUAACAACGCCGAUGGGGAAUACGGUGUGACAACGAUGACUAAGGCUGUUUUGCAUUACACUGGCAAAGUUCUUUGGACUCCACCGGCAAUUUUUAAAUCUUCCUGCGAAAUAGACGUUAGAUACUUUCCUUUCGAUCAACAAACCUGUUUCAUGAAAUUCGGCUCAUGGACAUAUGAUGGCUUCCAGAUCGACUUAAAGCACAUUAAUCAAAACGACAAGGGCGAUCAAGUCGAAAUCGGUAUCGACCUGCGGGAAUAUUAUCCCAGUGUGGAAUGGGAUAUAUUGCGCGUCCCGGCGGAACGCCACAAGAAAUAUUACCCAUGUUGCCUCGAACCGUAUCCCGAUAUCUUCUUUAACAUAACUCUGCGACGGAAAACGUUAUUCUACACCGUGAAUCUUAUCGUGCCCUGCGUCAGCAUCUCUUACCUGUCGGUGCUGGCCUUCUAUCUGCCGGCCGAUUCCGGAGAGAAGAUUGCACUCUGUAUCAACAUCCUGCUGUCCCAGACCAUGUUCUUUCUGCUAAUAUCUGAGAUUAUACCAUCCACCUCGCUUGCACUGCCGUUGCUCGGCAAAUAUCUACUCUUUACGAUGAUCCUAGUCGGACUGUCGGUCGUGAUAACGAUAGCUAUUCUGAAUGUGCAUUACCGCAAACCGAGUACCCAUAAGAUGGCACCUUGGGUGCGAAAGCUCUUCAUCAGAAGAUUACCGAAGCUACUUCUAAUGAGAGUACCCGACGAUCUGUUCUAUGAUCUUGCCGCGCACAAAAUUUACGGAAGAGGAAGAUCAGGAAAGAAAAGCAAGUUCAAUGCUGCUAUCGCAGCAGCGGCGCAAGCAUCAUCGAUAGUAUCCUCGCCGGAUUCCGCUCGCCAUCAGCGAAUUGAUGGUUGCAACGGUUUACAUAGAACAACUGCUCACAAUCGAUUCCUAGUCGGCAGUUUAGGAUAUAAUGGGCUUCCAACAGUUAUGUCCGGUCUGGAUGAGUCACUAAGCGAUGUAACUCCAAAAAAGAAGUAUCCUUUCGAGCUGGAAAAGGCUUUACACAAUGUUAUGUUUAUCCAACAUCAUUUACAACGUCAAGACGAAUACAACGCGGAGGAUCAAGAUUGGGGUUUCGUUGCUAUGGUUUGCGAUCGUCUCUUUCUGUGGAUCUUUACGAUAGCCUCCGUGGUCGGAACGUUCGCAAUUUUAUGCGAAGCACCCGCACUUUAUGACAACACUAAACCAAUCGAUAUGGAAUACUCUUCUGUUGCUCGACGGCAAUUUCUCCCGCCUGGUCAGGAUGCUCCAACAGGAAAAUUGCUCGAGACUAUCGUGUAGAUACUUGUAGAACAAUGUGAUUCUAUUUACUAAUGUGGUAUUAUCAAUAUAAAAGGAAAUGACAGAAAAGAAUUGUCUUUCCAAAUAUAACAAAAUUGUGAUAGAUCAUGCCGAGAAACCGAAGAAACAUUUUCAACGGAGUAUAGAUUGUUCAUUGCUAACUUUAGGAUUCGUACUUAAAGACUUAAUUACAUUUAGAUUAAUUACGGUUUUGAGAAAUGCUAUUUCGAAGAUCUAUAUACGAGAUUUAGUGCUUGUAGUGUUGUAGCGGUUCUAGGUAUUCCCCUAAAAAAUAUAAAUGUGAUUUAAUUCCAAGGGAGAGACAAUUCGCUAACUUAUCUUAUAUGUAAGUGAGAAUUACACUAUGAUUAUAUUCCGAAAACAAACUGUAUUUGUACUUAUCACUUAAUAUAUGCGCAAAUAGUGCGCGAAUCGUUCUUUGAUAAUAACGACUAUUGAUGUACGCAAUAUUAUGACAAGACUUUCCGACAAGUAUCAUUUGUAAAACUUUUGGUAACGUUGGUUACACCGACGAUGUAUAACGGUGAUAUUUCACUCGCACAUUAAGAUUUAACUGUAUAUAGGACAUAUUUCAUGCUCCAAUUAAUAUCUUCUUUAAAAAGCAAUCGAUUCAUAUAUAUGUAACGUAAUUUUUUCGAUAAAUUAUAAACAGGACUUUUUCAUUACGCGCGAGAAUAUAUAUACCCGAGUUUGUUCAAUAUAUUGUAUGCAUUAAAAAAAAAAUUAAAAUUAAAAAAUCAAAAAUUAAAGAA